AUGUCGUCAAUGCGAUAUUUAUUAGUGCUAAUAAUCCUAUUGGAUAUUCUUGCAUCCAAUCACGCCACGGUCAAGAGGAAGAGGAAGAAGAUUAAGAAAAAUAAAAUUAAAGAUCUAAACGAUGAAAAAGAUGACGGUCUGUCCUUGACAUUGCUAUUUUCUGAGAAUUUGAUUGGAGGAGCGGAAGAAGACGAGGACCAAUCGGAUGAUCACAAUGCGGACUCGGACAAACCGGAAGACCUUGAGGAUCUGAACAAGGCCAGAUUUGUGGUGGUUGACCCAAAUGGUAAAGAUGAAACUAGUGGUGGUGGUACUCUUGGUAAUGGUGACGAUGAUAAUCGUGGUAAUGAUGAUGGUCAGGGUAAGAAUGAUGAUGGUGAUGUUGAUGGUGGCCAUGGUCAUUUCAAUGGAAACUCUCAAGCCUAUGAUCAUCAAGGUAACGCCAGUCUUGCUGCUGCUGCUGCUGAUGAUGAUGAUGAUGAUGAUAAUAAUAAUAGUAAAAAACAUAAUUAUAACAAUGAUAAUAAUAAUAUUGAUCGCCAUCAUCAUCAUCAUAAAAAUAACGAUAGAAUAAACAAAGAACCAAACAACUGCGGGCUAGCCAACAAAGAACCAAACAACAAAGAACCAAACAACAAAGAACCAAACAACAAAGAACAAAACGGUGACGUAAUUGACUACAACAACAACAACAACGACAACAACAACAACCACGAUAAUUAUGAAUAUGUUUAUGAAGAUUAUUAUUAUGAUGACGAAAAUGAGAACAAAGAAACUUUAGAGAAGAAUUUUAACAUUCUCAUUUCAGCCUCAUACAAUCUGGAGAAUAAAAAGCACACACACUUGCUUGAUGACGCCGUGAGUAAAAAAAAUGAUAAAAUGAAAAGUAAUAAAAAAAGUGGCAAUGAACAUAGUGAUAAACUAUAUGGAGCCGCUGAAGCUCAAAGAACCAAUCAAAUACUACUCAUCGUCACGUGCUUGUUCACAUUCUUCAUAAUCUUACUCUGCAUCGUGUCGAUGGUAUUUCUAGUGAAGAUAAAGCUGAGCAGGAAAGCUUGGAAUAGCAGUUAG